UUGAAAGCGUUCAUGAGGGGAUACGUGCUGGAUUUGGAGUGCUUUAGAAAUAUCAAUACCAUUUGAGGUUUGAGGUGACAAAAAUAGAGUAGCCUAUGUUCCUCGGGCAUGGAUCCACCUGUGUCUGGUCCCUCCCUCGCUUCCCUCCCCGCCAACCUUCCAGAUCACUGCAGCGCAUCUGUUACCGUGCGCUCACUCAGAUCCUCAUCGGUCGGCAGUUUGGUGCUUCUCAUCGAAUUUCGACGCCGAGACAGUCGGGUUUCGUGCCGGCAGAUCGAAGUUUAAAGCGCCUCCACCCGCUUCUUCCUCCUCAUCCGUUCUCGCUACGCUAGGUGUGCCCAGAACGGACCUGCUCUGCUCGCGGCGUUUCCAUAGCAGCGCUUUCCGUGGAAGUUUGUCCGGGUGCCUCCGGAAUCUGGGAUCAGAAACAGUUCGUCAUGUUCAAAAAACAGAGAAAAACUGGACGAAAACACAAGUGAUUAAAACAGGUCGAGUGGAUCGAAGACAGCGGCCAAGCAAAAUCUGACAGGCCUGAUGACGAUCCCCCGGAGCCCCACUUCUAGUGAGGAUGAGAUGGCCCAGAGUUUUUCUGAUUACUCCGACGACUGCGCCUCUGAAAGCUCCCAUGAAGAAACCAUUUAUGAAACGAUAAGGGCCACCGCUGAGCCUCUGUCACACCAGAUGGACGACAUACACAUAAACUCACAGGUCAUCCGCAUUAUCAUCCCCGACCUACAACAGACGAAAUGUAUGCGGUUCAACCCGAACGCCACAGUCUGGGUUGCCAAGCAAAGGAUCCUGUGUACACUUAAUCAGAGCCUGAAGGAUGUGCUCAACUACGGCCUUUUCCAGCCUGCCAACGGUGGAAGAGAUGGCAAGUUUCUGGAUGAAGAACGUAACCUCCGAGAGUACCCUCAGCCACUCAGCAAAGGUGUUCCAUGUUUGGAGUUUCGCUACAAGAGCCGGGUCUACAGGCAGCCCAAUUUGGAUGAGAAACAGAUUGCCAAACUUCAUACAAAGGCCAAUCUGAAGAAGUUCAUGGACCUUAUACUCCACAAUCAGGUGGACAAAGUGUCUAAGAUGUUAGAGAGAGGCCUCGAUCCCAACUACCAUGACAGUGACACUGGUGAGAGCCCUUUGACCUUUACAGCACAUCUGGAUAACGUGGUGGAGAUGAUCAAGGUUCUUAAGAAUGCGGGUGCUCACUUGGACUUCAGAGCCAAAGACGGCAUGACAGCCCUCCAUAAAGCAGCACGUUCCAAGAACCAAGUUACGCUCACGACACUGUUGGAGCUGGGAGCAUCUCCAGACUACAAGGACAGUCGUGGUCUGACUCCUCUGUAUCACAGCGUGGUUGUGGGAGGAGACCCAGGUUGCGGCGAGCUCCUUUUAAACCAUCGCGCCUCUGUGUGCUGCCAGGAUGAAAAUGGCUGGCAUGAAAUUCACCAGGCUUGCCGACAUGGACAUGUGCAACACCUGGAGCAUCUUCUGUUCUACGGAGCAGACAUGAGUGCUCAGAACGCCUCAGGAAACUCUGCCCUACACAUCUGUGCUCUCUAUAACCAGGAUAACUGUGCCAAAGUGCUGCUUGUUCGUGGCGCUGAUAAAGAAGUGAGGAACUACAACAGCCAGAGUCCUUUUCAGGUUGCAAUUAUUGCUGGGAACUUUGAUCUUGCUGAGCUGAUCAAGAACCACAAAGAAAGCGAUAUAGUGCCUUUCCGUGAGGCUCCAGCAUACUCCAAACGACGCCAGGGUCCAUCGUCUGGCACCAACAGUGGAAACAGCCAGUCCGUCACAUCCUUAUCGGCUCCACGUGUCCUGCUGCGUUCCAACAGUGACAACAACCUAACGGUCAGUCAGUACCAGCAGCACGGUUCACCCAGCCACUGGGGACCCCAUCUUCAGCAACACCCAAACAGGGCCCCCCAGCAGGGUCAUUCGCAGCCUGGCUCCUCAGCUUUACAUCGCAGCCUGUCACCUCAGCUGCUUCAGCAGAUGCCCAGCGGCAGCCCCAAUGGCAAUGUGGUGGUUCGGACCAUGGGAAGGGGGUCAAGGAGCCGGUCGCCUUCACUCAGCCGGCUGGGGGAGGAAGCUCGACGGGCUGUCCCUUCACAACGCCAACCCAGUCCCAGCAGUCAUGGCGAAGCCUUAGGCACCAGGAGGAAGCUGUACAGUGCCGUCCCAGGGCGACACUUUGUGGUGGUUCGUCCUUACACUCCCCAGGCCGAAGGAGAGAUCAACCUCUAUAAGAAUGAUAGAGUCAAAGUUCUGAGCAUCGGGGAAGGUGGCUACUGGGAGGGCAGCGCCCGUGGCAAGGUGGGCUGGUUUCCAGCCGACUGUGUGGAGGAGAUCCUGGCCAAGGCCACUGAGGAGAGGAGCUAUUCCCGUGCGGACCGUGCUGACAGACGGAAACUGUUCAGACACUACACUGUGGGAUCCUACGACAGCUUUGAUGCAUCCAGUGACUGCGUGGUGGACGAGAAGACGGUCGUACUCCAGAAGAAGGAGAAUGAAGGAUUUGGCUUCGUCCUGCGAGGAGCAAAAGCGGAUACGCCCAUUGAGGAGUUCACGCCCACCCCGGCCUUCCCUGCUUUGCAGUAUCUGGAGUCGGUGGACGAAGGGGGCGUCGCAUGGCAGGCCGGGCUCCGGACGGGGGACUUCCUCAUCGAGGUGAAUCAAGAGAACGUGGUGAAAGUUGGCCACAGACAGGUGGUCAACAUGAUCCGCCAGGGUGGGAACCGCCUUUGGAUCAAGGUGGUGACGGUGAGCCGGAAUCUGGACCCCGAGGACACAGCACGUAAAAAAGCUCCUCCGCCACCAAAGAGAGCUCCCACGACUGCCCUGUCCAUGCGCUCCAAGUCAAUGACAUCCGAAUUGGAGGAACUCGUGGAUAAAGCCACUCUAAGGAAAAAGAAAGGUGAUGCGCAGAAGAAGAGGAUUGUUUUCCGAGUCACUCUAAAUAAAGUUGAAGAGAUGACGCAUGCCCAGAAGACAUCGCCAGUUGAUAUGAAGAUCGCAACAAUCAAGCCACGCCCAUCCAGUCGCUGCUUGAUUACACCCACCGAACUAAAUUCCAUGUACCAUGACCGCCAGGGAGUAGCAGUGGUUCCGCCCACUGUGCCAGGGGCCUUUCUGGGAUUACCAGAGAAGGGCAUGCUUAGGAAGCAAAAGUCCAUAGGUACAACAGAGGAGGAAAAACAGGGCUUCCUUACGCCUCCUCUUCUUAAAUUCUCCCGCAGCCUCUCAAUGCCAGAUACUUCCGAGGAUAUCCCUCCUCCCCCAGCCAUUUCACCCCCCUCGCCACCAGCCUACAACUCACCAGCUGGUUCAACACCCAAGAGUUACACUACCACAAGACCCAGCUUCACCCAGAACUCACCUAACGCAGUAACGACUAUUAGUAGAACCACAGAUAUUGGUACACUGAGGAGGGGCUAUCACAGACAGAGUUCAGAGCAUUUUGAGAGCCCACGCACCCGAGGGCGCACGCCGGUGCCCGAAAACCCUUACUCUGAGGUUGGCAAUAAAAAUUUGUAUGUGCCAGCGAAACCAGCCCGAAGGAAGGGUAUGCUAGUAAAACAGUCAAAUGUCGAGGACAGUCCAGAAAAAACAUGUCAUAUGCCAGCAAGCCCCUCGGGCCCAGUUUCCAUGCCGACUACACCUGUUGAGCGAACAUGCUCUUCCAUCCCCAUUCCUACCAUCAUUGUCAAGGAGCCAUCCACCAGCAGCAGUGGCAAAAGCAGCCAGGGUAGCAGUAUGGAGAUUGAGCCCACCACUCCAGAACACCCAUCUUUAAUGCCAACUGUUGGUGGAAGUGGUGGUUUGCGCCCUGAAGAUCCAAUGUCUCUCGGCAAUCCAUUUGCGGCAGCUAUUGCUGGGGCAGUACGGGACCGUGAGAAAAGGCUCGAGGCAAAAAAACACUCUAUUGCCUUCCAGUCAAUAGAUAUGGGGGAUGAUGACUCAAUUGGUCCUACCCCAACCCCUCGCCUUAGGCAGUCAAAGUCUAUCGAUGAAGGUAUGUUUGGUAGUGACGAGCGACUUAGAAGGAUGAUGGCUCCACCAGUCAACCUCGGACCUCCUGUCGGGGGCGGCAGUGGAAACAUGACAGAUUUCAACACUCCAGAGCCCACCGUUGUUCGGGAGCCUCUAAACACUAAAACAGGACAGUGUCCCAACUUGGACAGCCCUGUUAGUCUCCCAGCCACGCCCCCAAAGAGCCACUACCGGGCCAAUGGAACAUACCUUCACCCUGUCACCGGUAAACCUCUGGACCCAAAUUCUCCUCUUGCUUUGGCACUCGCGGCUCGUGACCGAGCUAUGAAGGAGCAACAAAAUCAUCAUCAAAAUCCUCCUCAGGUUCCGCAAACUCCCAAACAUGAAGCUCAGUCCCUCCCCCUGCAGCCAAGCCACAAACCAGACCUCAACCAGCCACUCUUUAUUGAUACCAAGUUGCGGUCUGGGAUUGAGACAAGUUUUGCUGCAAUCUCCUCUGCCACCAUGGGCCGCCCAGGGCGAGGUGGCUUGCGGAGGCAGAUGACUGAGCAGAAAUACGAGUCUGACCCGGCCCGGGAAGAACGACAACAUCAGGCACUUGAGGAGAGGAAAAGUGCGCCAGCGGAUGUGGCUGACACACCCAAGUCAGCAGGGCUGCUAAUGGUUCACACCAGUACAGAGACAAGCAAGUUAAAUAACCAAGAGUUGGAAGGGCAGGAUAGCAACAGACCGUCUGAGCUGAAAGACCCCAAUCAACCUGAUCCCCGCAGUGGCCCGACAUUGUCAAUUAAUCCCCAGCCCUCCUCAACGCGAAGACGUAGCAUUCCAUUAGGGGAAUCCUUGGAUGAACCUGUGAAGCUACCCUUCCGUAUCCCCCCUCCUCCUCUUGCGUCAGUUGACGUUGACGAGGAUUUUGACUUCACAGAGCCUCUCCCACCUCCCCUAGAGUUUGCAAACAGCAUUGACAUCCCCGAUGACCAGGCUAGUGCCAUUGCACAGAUGCUUCAGCAACAGAGAAGGAAUGGGGGGCCUCUGCUACCCCCAUACAAUGCCCAUGCCCCUCCACUUGUCACUGACCAACAUAAACGGGUGACGAACAGUAUUCCCCCUUCAUAUCCUCCUCCCCCGCCAGACCCAGAGUCAGGGAUCGGUGACUCCGGCAUUGAAGAGGUAGACAGCCGCAGCAGUGGGGAUCCUCAGCACAUGGACACCACUAGCACCGUGUCGAGCAUCUCCACCCUUUCGUCAGAGGGAGGCUUCUGUGACACCACUCUGGAGAGCCUUUAUGCUACUGCAGAUGGGCAUUCCUUCCUAGUGGAUAGACCCCCUGUACCACCCAAACCCAAAGGAAAAUCAGUCAUCAACAGAACCUCACUUUAUCAUGAUGCUCUAAUUGAAGAACCACCGGAAUCUUAUGGGUCACCACCUCAGGCUCCUCCUUCAUCCUCUGAACCUCCUAGGACGCCUACUCAAAGGACAUCAAAGCUGUGGGGUGAUCAACCUCCUGAGCUUCAUAGUCCUCCAUCUACACCAGACAGCAAGAACAUAGUUAUCACAGAGUUGAGCUCCAUUCUGCAACACAUGAAUCGCGAUAGACCGCCCAAGUCAGGAGAAAGCCUCGACUCCCCCACAGGGAACCAAGGGGCCUUUGGAACAAGGCCCCCCUCAGAUGACUCAGGAAUGCGCAACAACGCUGCUGCCGCCGCCGCCGCUGCCGCCCUCACCUCCACACCUCCUAGCAGCCUCCCCUCUCAGACACACCCCUGCAGCCCUCCAGACUCCGCCUCCUCCCUCACCCCUUGCUCUUCCUUGCCACCCUCUGUGUCACCCACACUCACAGAUGUCUUCGGCCUGCCCACCCCGCCCAUGGGCAGCGGCGGAGGUUACAGUCUGAGCUCGUCGUGCGGCGGGAGCGGCAGCUCGCGGUCGCCGUCGCCGCUGACUCUUAUGCAGGCGGUGGUGGCCUCGGGCAAGCCCUUCGCCUCCAAGCCCGUCGAGCUGUGGAGUAAAUACGACGUGGCCGACUGGCUGGAGAGCCUUCACCUGGGUGAGCACAGAGACGCUUUCCUGGAUAAUGAAAUCGAGGGCGCCCACCUGCCCUCCUUGCAAAAAGAGGACCUGAUAGACCUUGGCGUCACGAGGGUGGGCCACCGCAUGAACAUCGAGAGGGCCCUCAAGCUGCUGCAGGACAGAUAAGCCCAGAGGACAGCGAAGAGCGCGUCGCAGGAGACACUUUGACCAAUCUCUUCAGAGGACGUCUACUCCAGUCACGGAAGCUUUUGUCCAAGUCGAUGCUGCCUCUUGCCUUUUUUUUUUUUUUUUGUUCUCUGUCACCCUCAUCUGAGCACUCCGGUCCAGUCAGCCUCCCUCCUGCAGCCUCGAGCAUCAGAGGAUUGUGGGACGUUGGGAGGAGAGGAAGCUGCUGGGUGACAUCAAGGGGAGCGAGAGAGAGAGGCCAGGAUGAGGGACUGUCCCCGGAUCAAUGGAUCCUCAAACUUUGGAAGUCAUUUAUUCCAUAUGAAAAACUCGCGCUCAUCCAACUACAGCUUUGGAAUACUACAGACCUUUUCCCUGUGCCCCACGUGUGGGUGCAUGAAAACCAGCUGAGCUGGUCUUUUUUUUUCCUUCUUUUUGAUCCUUUUCUAUCUUUGCUAGAGAAUAAUAUGAGAAUAUUUCUUCACUUAGAGUCCUACCGGAGUUAUAUUUCUGACUGCAUCUAAGGUUGUAGAGAAACACUUUUGGUUUUCACCUGAACAAUUAGCUCAUGUUUGAAUUCAUACGUGGUGGCCACAAGAAGCACACACGCACACUUACUGCACACAAUUCCGUGAGAAAGAAGACGCUGUCUUCACAGACAUGCACACAUGAAGCAUGAAUAUCGACACACUGUCACUGCGACCGCCUUCUCCUGAGAGAGUAGAAUGUGGAUCAAGGUGUUCGUUUGAGCCGUUUGCUCCUGCAAUGUGGCGCCAAGGCCGCCUCCGCAUUGCCAAAAGGCCAACGCCAGUAGUGAUGCCAUCCAAGGCUUCAACAGUGUUGGAGCAGUUCACCCGGGGUCAACUCGCAUCAGCUUGUCAUCUCUUGGUGUGUAUGCGUGUGUGUGCUUGAUACAUAUUAAGGAUAUUCCAUACAGAGAAGCCCGAGCUUGAUUUCUACGAAUUCCUUCCUCUGAGCAGCACGGUGAAUCCCUGCAGUGGUGACCCCCGCGACUCACGGCUGAGUUCAUUAGACAUCUUCAAGGAGCGGUUUUUGACUGAUUAGCUGAAGGCUAAUUAAUGGAGGAGAUGCAUGUAGUAAAGUAAAAUGCAAAGUAACUUUGGGGCAAACAAAACACUAUAAUUCAAAUUUGUAGGUCUAGAAGUAUUUCAAUAAUAACAGACUUCUUAUGAUUUGGCACAAUUCAUUCACAAGGAAACAAUCAAAAUUGUAUCAAAGUGUAGAUUUUCACCCUGACUAGUUACUAUCUUGGAAUUAGACAUUUUUGAGAUGGCACAUCCAUUUUCAGGAGGUCAAAAGUAUUUGGACUCACAAGGUUAUUAUUUUUCUAAGUAUGGUCCACUUAGUUCUUUCAAGAAAAAUUAA